AUGGGACUGCCACCGCGACCAGGAGGAGCGCCGUUGGGCUCAUCGGCAGCACCGUCGGGACCACCGCCAGCGAGCGCACCCGCAGUCCGCCACUCUCCCAUUCUCCCGCCCAAGCCAUCCGGUCUCCCUGACCGUCCAGCUGCACCUCUCGGCAAAGGACCUGCGCACCCGCGCAGCGACGAGCGCGAGGAAGGGGAAGAGCCGGACGAGUUGCCGCCGAGGCGCAGGGGUCCGCCUGGAGGAGCCUUACCGCCGCCGACGGGUCCGAGGGGUCUAGGGAGGAGAGGUCGCAGUCCGUCCUUUGACCGCGACCGAGACGAGUGGUUCAACCGCGGCGAGCCGAGGGGAGGGAGGUACGAUGCGUAUGCGGACGAGCGCAGGGGCCCACCGCUCAGAGGACGACCGAGGUCGAGGAGUCCGAGUCCGUCGAGGAGUUUCAGGAGCGGCAGGUCGUGGAGUCGUAGCAGGAGUCGCUCGCCGCAGACUACGAGGAGGGGGCCUCCUCCUGCGGGCUAUAGCGGUGGAAGGGGAGGGUACGGCAGACCAGGCUUCAGGGACUCGCCUCCCGUAAGGAGGCGUCCGCUUUCGAGGUCUCCUCCGCCCUACAUGCGACGGUCGAGGUCGCGUAGCCGCUCUCCGCCGACUCGUCGCUACGGUGGUCCGCCUUCGCCUGUCUACCGCCGCCACUCGCCUGGCCCUCCCCGCAGCUACGGCCCUCCCGGUCGCGGUCGCGAUUUCUCACGCUCUCCUCCUCCUCUCAGCCGACGUUACCCUUCUCCCGGUCCUUCUUCCCGCCGCCCUUCCCGCUCGCCUCCUCCCGGUUAUCGCUCCCGACGCCGCUCCCUCUCCCGCUCGCCUCCCGUUCCCCCUUCACACGCACCGUUCUCAGCGCGUUCAGCGAAGCGGGAAUUCAUCCCCGACGAAGACGAGGAAGACGACAUGAUCUUCCGCAAGGCGCGGAGGGUCGCUCAUGCCGACUCAGGCGGUCGUGCGCGCUCCCGCACGCCUUUGUCGCCCUCGCCUCCGCGUUCGCGCGGACGAAGCCCGUCGCCUUUCUCGGGUCCUCCGUCUCGCCGUCGCUCUCCCUCACCACGAGGUGGCUCGUACCGCCAUCGUCCACGUUCACCUUCUCCUCAAUCACUCCGCUCAGGCCGCGACCUCCCUCCCUCAGUCCCAACAGGCCCCCGUGGCUUCCGCCCCAUCACUGCCCAGCAACCUCCCGCCGCACCCGACGGUCCCGCCAUCCCGACAGGUCCGCGUAGCCGUUUCCCACAACAGCCUCCGCGCGGUCCUGCGGCGCUGAACAAGCCUGCUGGACCUGGAGGUCUGCCUGCGAUCCCGACUGGGCCGAAGGCGUGGAGGACGAGCAUGAUCGUCCCGCAGGGUCCGGCGGGAGCGCCAACUGGUCCUUCGUCGACGAGGCAGAGGGAGCCGAGUCCGCCGCCGAGACGGCAGCAGCAGGAGGAACAGCCGUCGAGGAGGAGGUCCGCCGAGCCGCCUGCUAGUACGCCUCCUCCGCCUCGACCCUCCGCAGCGCGCGAGCCGUCUCCCCCUCCCGCUUCCACCUCGACUCCCGCCCCUCCCUCGCACGUCAGCCAACUCGCACACGCGAAGCCCGUCGCGCCCACUCCCCCUCCUCCCCCCGCUCCGCUCUCGCCAGCCGCGACCGCCGCGCUCGCCGCAGACCGCGAAGCGCGCCUCGCGCAGAUCGAGGCGCAGAGAAGGUCGAAGGUGCUUGCGAGGUUCUUGCCCAGAGGUGCGGGUGGGUUGGCGACGAUUCAGCCGUUGGCGAAGGCGGUGGUUGUUGGACCUGUUGGAGCGGAGUGGGAGGCUGAGAUCACCCGCCAGCGCACCGCCCGCCUCGCCCUCCUCCCCGCCUACGCCGACGCCCUCGCCGCUUCCUACAAGUCCGAUUACUCGAUCAUCGCGACGCUCAAAGAGGCCGAGAUCGCGCGCGAGGUGAGGAAGUUGGCGAGUGGGGAGAUUAAGCCAGUGUUCGAGGAUGAAGACGCCGUGAUGGCUGCGUGA